UUUAACAUUUCGUACAGUACACACACCAUUCAAAAUGAGUUUUGCUAGUAAAGUGGUGAUAGUUACUGGAGCCAGUGAUGGAAUCGGGGCCGCUACAGCUAUAAAAUUUACUAAAGAAGGUGCUGACGUUACUCUAGUAGGAAGAACCGAGGACAAACUGGCGAAAGUAGCUGCAGAGUGCGCUAAACAUGGCAAAAACCCUCUAGUGAUCAAAGCUGAUGUAUCGAAGGACGAGGAAGCGAAAACAAUCGUUGCACGAACAAUCCAGACGUUCGGUAAACUUGACGUCCUUGUUAACAAUGCUGGAAUAUUCUUCCUCGAUGAUAUUAUGAAGCCCAACUUCAUGGAAACGUUUGAUUCUACAAUGAACACUAACAUGAGAGCUGUGGCGUUGAUCACUCAUUUAGCUGCUCCUCAUCUCGUAGAGACUAAGGGGAACGUUGUUAACGUAUCAAGUAUUGGGGCUACUAUGGUAAAAUAUCCAAAUUUUGUGUCUUACAAAACUUCAAAAGCGGCUUUGAAUCACUUCACGCGAAGCCUUGCUCUGGAAUUGGCACCUCAUGGCGUCAGAGCUAAUUUAGUCAGUCCUGGACCGGUGUACACCGAUAUAUUUAAUAAGGCUGGGCUUGCUGACUUCGUAUCUGAUCUUAAAACAGAAACAGCUCUGAAACGGGUUGGUGAGCCGGAUGAGAUAGCUGAUGUGAUUCUUUUCUUGGCAAGUGAGAAGGCGAGAAGUGUGACUGGAUCAGAUUAUUUGUCGGAUAAUGGCUCAUUACUUAUGUAAAAUAUUGUGUUAUUCUACGAUAUUUUAUCCGUGAUGGAUUUUAUAUGUAUAUUAUAAAGUUUGUACUAAAUAAUAUACAUAAAAGGAGAUUAUAAAAUAUAUUAUGUAUAAUUCGUGUAACUGUUUAAUUU